AUGAUUUGGAUCGAAACGCCUACAAACCCACUGCUUAAAGUAAUCGAUAUUGCAGCUAUUGUAGCGAUUGCAAAAAGUCACAGAAACAUUUUGGUUGUUGUUGACAAUACAUUUUUGAUGCCGUACCUACAGAGGCCGUUGGAUUUCGGCGCCGACAUAGUCCUUUAUUCCUUGACAAAGUACAUGAAUGGACAUUUAGAUGUUAUAAUGGGAGCUGCUGUAGUAAAUGACGAUGUUUUGGAAGAGAAACUUCGAUUUUUGCAAAAUGCAAUGGGAGUUGUGCCAUCACCAAUAGACUGCUAUUUAGUCAAUAGAAGUCUAAAGACUUUAGCCCUACGCAUGGAAAAACAUCAGAAGUCCUCAUACAUCAUAGCUAAAUGGCUUGAAAACCAUCCUAAGGUUACGGAAGUCUUACAUCCUGGUAUUCCCUCUCAUCCACAGCAUAAAAUAGCAAAAAAGCAGAUGUCUGGACAUUCGGGCGUAUUCAGUUUUAAACACAGUGGCGGUUUAGAAGAAUCUAAAAAAUUUUUGAGCUCUCACAAAGUUUUUAUCUUAGCCGAAAGUUUAGGCAGAUACGAAAGCUUAGCAGAGUUGCCGUCGGUGAUGACCCACGCAUCUGUACCUGAAAAGCAAAGAGUUGAACUUGGAAUCACGGAUUCACUGAUUAGAUUGUCGGUGGGGCUGGAAGAUACGGAGGAUCUGAUUGAAGAUUUGGAUCAAGCUUUUAAAGCUGCAUUUUAA